GCAGAUAUGAGAGAGGUGGGGGUCCCUUGCCAGGACCUCACUGACCCCUGUCCCUGCUCCCCCCGGGGCGUUCCCCGCGGGUUUGGGACCCCACGCCGGCUGCUGCCGCCCGGAGCUGGGGAGGUGCCGGACCUCGAGCCCGGGGCUGGGCAGUGGGGACAAGCUGAACCCCGUGUUUCCUUUUCAUGUCCCCGGAGCUGGGGACAAGCCCAGCGCCGCCGCCCGCCGGAGGGACAGGCUCAGGUUACGGCCUCGUACAGAAAUGAGUGGGGCUGCGGGACUCCGGUGAGGUUUCUGGUGCCGGGCCGGGGUGUAUUAAAGGGGAGUGAGUGCACGGGCGGCUGAGGGCUCCGGCAGUCCCCGGCCAUGGCAGGCCCGGGCAGCGACGGGGACCUGCGGCGCCUGCUGAAGCUGCACCGCACCGAGAUCGCCAUGGCCGUGGACGACGUCUUCCCACUGCUGCAUGGCCUGGCUGACCACGAUGUCGUCCCUGACCACAUCUUCAAGGAGACGCUGAGCCGGGCGGAGCGGGAGGGCUCCCACCGCGCUUUCCACGCGCUGCUCACCUGGCUGCUGGGCCGCGACACCGCCGCCCUCCGGGACUUUUGGGCCGUCCUCUUCAAGGACUACAACCUGGAGCGCUACUCCCGGCUCCGGCCUCUCCGCGGCGCCUUCCCCAGAGUCCCCGUUAUUCUUGCAGAGGUGGAGCUGGGGCGGCAGCGCCGUGGAAGGCGUCUCUCCCCGAGCCCCACAGCACCGGCCCCACACAGACCCCAAGGCAAGAGGAAAGCCCCUGAGGAGCGGGACAAGGCCCGGGCGGCACAGGCCGCUCCACGGCACAGUGCCAGUCCUGGGCCCCUGGUGAAGGCAAAGACUGUGAAGAAGCCGGAGGGCACAGAUACCCCCCGCACCUCUCGUGCCAGUGCUCUCCAGGCAGUGGCUGCCUCGGUGCAGAGAGCGGUGGCUGUGGCAGGUGGUGAGGUGCCCGUCAGCCGUGGGGCCAUCGAGGGCAUCCUCAUUAAACACGUGCUGGACCCAAGUAAGUACAGCCCAGCCCAGCCACCUCCUGCCCAGUUUAGUCCCCAAAUUCAGGAGCCACCCUCAGGCAGGACGAGGUGGGAAAGGAGCUGGCUGCCUCUGGCCUCUCUUGCAGACAGCUCCAAGAUGGGCAGCAGAGCUGGUGACAAGCCAUAUACCCCAACUGCCUGCGAGGAGCCAGAGGCCAGGAGCAGAAGCCACAGCCUGAAGCCUCCCGCCCAGCCCAAGGCAUGCCAAAGUAACAGGGAAACCCAAUUGCACCCCCAGGGCCAGCUGCAAGCAGCCACUGUCUACAGCCAGGACCCUGCGCCCCACCAGGAGAAUGAGGAUGAGUGUGCAGCAUGCGGUGACGGUGGUGAGCUCAUCUGCUGUGACGGCUGCCCCAGGGCCUUUCACCUUGCCUGCCUGGUGCCCCCGCUGCCCCACGUCCCCAGCGGGACGUGGCGCUGUGGCUCCUGCGUGGAGAACGUGACUGAACCAGGCCAGCUGCUGGAGGCAGACCUGCCUGUGGAGAGACCCCCCGAGACCCUGGGGGAGGCGGCGCAGGACACCCAGCAGGGUGGAGCGGAGGGGAGUGUCUGCAGCCGCUGCUGCACCCGGAUCCCCACUCCCCACCACUGUCCUGCUCCCAGUGGGGACCCCAGGGGGCUACAGCUGUGCAUGUCCUGCAUGGGCACCCUGGACACAGGCGGUCUGGGAACCACUGCAGCAGCUGGAGACCAACUGCUUCCAGCAGCCAAGGCAGAGGAUGGAGCCCUUGGCAGUGACCCUGUGCUGAGCCGGGAGGAGCUUGACGCGCUGCUAGGGGAGAGCACGUGGGAUGGGAUCUUGCAGUGGGCAUUCCAGACUAUGGCACGGCCGCUGGCAGAAACACAGGGGCUCCUUGCCUAGAGCACACACCAAGCAGCAGAAUCCACAUGGCAAGCAAUGAGAAAGAAACCUCGGAGACACACGUAAAACAAGAUGAAUGCAGGCAUAAUGAUAGCACAAAGAAGUCACAGAAUA